AUGAUCAUCUUCUAGCCUUGUGUAAGUUAAUGGCUUUUAGUUGCAGAAUAUUAUUGUUAGAAUCAAAAAUUUUAGAAUCUAGUAAAUGUAGGGGGUUUCAACUUCCCUUCGCAACCAAAAACUGCCUAUUUUAUUGAUUGUAUCAUUCCAACCAUAAUCAGUUUAAUAACUUUAAAUUCUUAAAAUCCAAUACUCAUAAGUGAAAAUGAAAUAGAGUUUAUUAAUCAAGAUUAAAUAACACUUGAUUUAUAUUUUUAAGAUAUAUGGAUAGAUGGAAAUAUAAAAAUAAAAAUUGGGAAUGAAAUUUUUACAGUUUAGUAUUCUUCACCUUAAUAAUAUCCAAUAGCUAGUGGAUUUUGUGAUAAUUUAAAAACUGAAAUUAAGACUGUAAGUUUUACACUCUCAUCUUCAUAAAAAAGUAAAAUGGAAUUGUAAAUGACAAAUACAAACAACAAUGGAAAAGUUUCAAUAAAAAAUUUGUAAAUAUCUAGACUAUAAUGCUAUCCUUUAUGUAUAUCUUGUACAGGGGCAGCGCAUAACUAAUGUACAAGCUGUUAGAGUGGAUCACCUGAAAAUAAUAGAUGUCCCAUGUGUCCAGCAAAUUAAGUAUUCAUGCCAAAUAUAGGUUGUACACAAUAUUGCCAUUUUGAUUACCGCUAAACUUAUGAGAAGAUCUGUGUAUAUUUUAAAAGUAAUUAUUUCUUUAAUUCUAGCAAGCACUAUUUAUGUUGAAUAGUUAUAUCCAAAUGAAAAGAGAUUUACAACAAUGAUUGCUGAUAUUAUAGCCAAACCAUUAUUUGAUUAAGUAUAAGCAUCAUAAUAGCAUGGUAUUUACAUUAAGAAUUCUGGAUUCAUUAGGUUUAUUUAUUUAUCCUCUUUUGAUUAAGGAAUAUUAUUGCUAGGAAUACAACUAACUUUUACAUUAUAUGAUUCAAUUCCGGUUGGAGGUAAAAUAGAGUUUAAAAUUAAUGGUACUUACUUUGGAUCAAUAUAUUAAACUGAUUAAGGUACGUAAUUUCAUAGGGUUUCAAUGUAUCAAUAAGAGUAAUUUAAUUGUAUCGAUUAUUGGACAACUUGCUAGACUUUGGGAGUAUUUAUGUUUGUUGAUAUACCAAAAUAUUCUUUUUCAUUGACAGUAUUUGGAAAUUAUCAGUAUAUAUUAAAUUUUUAAUAGAAAUUCUAACGCUGCUUGGAGUCUAAGAGAAUUAAAGAUUUCAUCUGGAUAAUGUUAAGAUAAUUGCAAAUAUUGUGAAUUACCUUAUAUAUGCUAAAUUUGUGAUGAAGGAUUAUAUGUAUCAAGUGAUGGUAAUUGUGUAAAAUGUGAAGAAUAUUACCAAGUAAUAAAUGGAAAUUCUUGCAUUGACUAUGAUAAUGAAACCCCAUGUAUUUAUUAUUUUGAUAAACUAUUAGAUUCAUAAUUUUUAAUAAAAAAUGAGUAUUUUAGUAAAAUAAAUGAUCCAUCCUAAUCCUCUUAAUAUGUUCUUGUUUCAUAAGAAUCUAUAAAUUUUUUAAAAGGAUCAAAUAUAUUUUAUUCUAUUUGGUAAGGAAAAUAAAUUUUUGGUGGAUAAUAUAUUUGGAGUUAAGCAAAAUUUUAAAUAACUCAUUAGAUAUAAAAACCACAUCACAGUGUUACUAUAGUAUUUUAUAUUUUAUAUGGUCCCAAUUUCCCUUUGGAUAGUUAAUUUAUUUAUACUUUAGAAAGUAAUGAGCCUAUAAUAAAAUCCAGAGCAAGUGCAACUUUAUCAUUUUCUGAUGCAACUGUUUCAGAAAAAGUGAUAUUGACUAAAAAACAUUCUUCUGAUACUUUAACCCUUUAUUGGGAAUGUAAAGGUAGUAACAAUAAUCCAGAAAGUGCAUAUUGUGGAAUAUACGGAUAUAAUGUUGUCGUUCAUUAUUGCUCACCUUAUUGUUUAGAGUGUUUAAAUGAAAUUACUUGUACUAAAUGGGAUAAUUCUGUUGAUGUGAAAUUUCAUUAAUAAGAAGGAUGCUUAACAAAAUCAUAUUAUAAUAAAUAAGAAUAACAAUGUUUAUCUUGUCCUGAAACUUGUCGGACAUGUACAUCUGAAUUUAUUUGUUAAUCAUGUGAAUUAACACUUACUCUUAUAAAAAAAAGAUGUAGUUGCUUAAUGAAUUAGUAUUUUGCAAAUAAUUAAUGUUAUGAAUGUCCAAUAGGAUGCAAUCAAUGUGUUAAUGACUAAGUUUGUGUAGAAUGUUUGACUGCAGAUAACAGAGAAUUAAUAAAUGGAAAAUGUGAGUGUUUAGCAGGAUAUUAUUCUAUUAAUUCUAAUCCAGUCUGUUAAAAAUGUCAUAGUUAAUAAACUUGUAAUUGUUAAUUUGGUACCAGUUAUGAUUCAACUUCAAAUUCAUGUAAGGCUUGUCAUUCUACAUGUGAAAGUUGCUUUAGAUUAAGCAUUGAUGGAUGCUUAACUUGUAACAUAAACAACAAACGAAUAUUAAAAGGAUUAAAAUGUGUUUGUAUGCCAGGUUAUUAUGAAUUAAAUGGUGUUUGUUAAAGUAAUUCUUAAAUAUAUAUCAUAGGUUGUCCUACCAUAGAAAACACAUCAUUAGUACAAUGUUACAAAAUAUGUGAUGCAGGUAUGUCAAUUUGGCAUACACAAAUUUGUACAAAAUGCGAUCUUGGAUUUCAACUUGUUUAUGGACAAUGUAUGCCAAAAUGUGGGGAUUUCUUAGUCGAAGGAUAUGAAUAAUGCGAGGAUGGAAAUAAUGAUUUAAACGAUUUAUGCUUUAAUUGUUAGUAUUAAUGUCCUAGUGAUUGUACAACUUGUACUUCAACAACCACAUUACCAUGUUAAGGCUAUUGCGGAGAUGGGAUUGUUAAUGGAACUGAAGAAUGCGAUGAUGGGAAUUAGAUUUAAUUUGAUGGAUGUCAUAAUUGUAAAUUUUAAUGUUCUUCAAAUUGUAUAAAUUGUGUUAAAGGAAAAUGUACACAUUGUGUCACUAAAAAAUAUACUACAAGUUUUACUAUGUCUUCAGAAAAUUGUUUAUUACAAUGUGGAUUUGGAGAUUUAAUUCAAAGCGAUUCAUGCAUUAAUGAUACUUCAAAUGACAUUGACUAGUGUUAGAAUUGUAGAUUUAAUUGCAGAAGUAAUUGUUCUAAUUGUGAUUACAAAACUGGAACAUGUCUACAAUGUGAUCUCCCAGGAUUUAAACCCUAUUCUAAUAGUUGCAAAAAUAUUUGUGGAAAUAAUAUAAUUGAUUAAGAUCCUACUAACUUUUUUACUGAGAAUUGUGAUGAUAGUAAUAUUAUCAAUGGAGAUCUUUGCAGUAGUGUAUGUAAGAUAGAAUGCUAAGAUCCAGAAAUUUGUACCGACUGUAGAAAUACCAGAUGUUAUGCUUGUGGAAUAGGAUACUAUCUGAAUGAUUAGUAUUCAUGUUAUUCUAAAUGUGGAGAUGUUAUUGUAGCAAAAGAUGAGAUAUGUGAUAUUGCUUUACCAUAUAGAGGCUGCUUGAAUUGUAAACCAAAAUGUUAAAAUUCAUGCUUAAAUUGUUCUACUUUAGGCAAAGGUUGUUUAGAAUGUUAAUAAGGUUAUCAAAAUAUAGAUAACAUGUGUAAAACUAUUUGUGGAGAUGGUUUUGUUACUGCUGAUGAAUAAUGUGAUGAUGGCAAUUUAAUAUUUGAUGAUGGAUGUCAUCAAUGUUUAAAAACUUGCACUAUUGGUUGUUCUGUUUGUGAUUUUGGAGUUUGCUUAGAUUGUUAUGAAGGCUUCCAAUUUGUUAAGAAUUAAUGCAUUAAAAUUAAUGAAAAAUAUCAUGAUCCUAGAUGUGAUUCCAAUUGUUUAAAUUGCAGUAUCGAAGGACAUGGAUGUUUGUAAUGUAAAAUUGGAUUCGAUAAAAUUGACAAUAAAUGCCAUUCCAUUUGUGGAGAUUAGUAAGUAGUUGAACCUGAACAAUGUGAUGAUGAAGAUCUUGAUUUUAAUGAUGGAUGUCAUCAAUGCUUAUAUGAUUGCCCUAUUUCAUGUGAAUAAAAUUUUUGUUAUUUGGGUUUAUGCUAUGGAUGUAAAAAAGGAUUUUUAUAUCAUAAGAAUAACUGUUAUUCAAAUAUAGAAAAUGAUUAUUUAGCCGAACCACCAAAAUUUUAUUAUUCUGAUUUAGUUAUCAAUUAAUCUUUUUCUUCAUAAAUUUUGUUAACCAAAAAAAUUGAAGUAAAAUGCUCUGAAUUUCCAGAUAAAUAAGUAUUUUAUAUGAAAGGUUAAUACGCAGAAUCUGCGUUUAUUAAUUAAACAUUUUUUAAUCUUGAAGUUGAUUUAAGCUGCUCUUAAAAUUAGAAUUUGAAUAUUCAAUUGAAUAAUUUUGAUUAUGAAUAAGGUUUUGAUAAAUAAUCUGUAAUAUUCGGAUAUUAAUGUCACAAUACUUUUAAUCAUGCAAUAAAACUUCAAUUCAGAAUAAAUAGAAUAGAUGAAGAAAUAAAAAGAAAAGAUGAAAUAUUGGUAAUAAUAAUCACCGAAAAUUAAUUCAAAUUAUCAUUGAUAGUGAGGGACUUUUUACAAAAUCUUUUCUCAUUUAAAUUUUUAGAUUCUUGA